GGAGUGCAGUAACUAUGUGGAUGUGCUGCUGAGCUAAGUCUUAGCGGAGCUUGAGCCCGAGCAGGGGGCUGCUGAGUCUCCAUCUCUAACGGAACUCUGUAGGAGUCCGGGCUGCUUUCGGGACCAUGGGAUUACAAAGCGGCUCGUAGCCCACUCCUCGCUCCAGCUCCCGGGCGAGCAGAGCCCCUUAUGCAAUCAGGACCACCAAGCCAGAGAUGUCUGACAAGAUGUCAAGCUUCUUGCACAUUGGAGACAUUUGUUCUUUGUACGCAGAAGGCUCAACAAAUGGAUUUAUCAGCACUUUGGGACUUGUGGAUGAUCGGUGUGUUGUACAGCCAGAAGCAGGUGAUCUUAACAGCCCUCCUAAGAAAUUCAGAGAUUGCCUCUUUAAGUUAUGCCCCAUGAACCGCUACUCUGCGCAGAAGCAGUUCUGGAAAGCUGCAAAGCCAGGAGCAAACAGCACAACUGAUGCAGUGCUGCUCAACAAACUGCAUCAUGCAGCAGAUCUGGAGAAGAAGCAAAAUGAGACAGAAAAUAAGAAGCUGCUGGGUACAGUUAUCCAAUAUGGCAAUGUUAUUCAGCUUUUGCACUUAAAAAGCAACAAAUACUUGACAGUAAAUAAAAGGCUUCCAGCUCUCCUGGAGAAGAAUGCUAUGAGGGUAACUCUGGACGAAGCUGGUAAUGAGGGUUCCUGGUUUUAUAUACAGCCAUUCUACAAACUGCGUUCCAUAGGAGACAGUGUGGUCAUAGGUGACAAGGUGGUCUUGAAUCCUGUGAAUGCAGGACAGCCUCUGCAUGCCAGUACUCAUCAACUAGUGGACAAUCCUGGCUGCAACGAAGUGAACUCUGUGAAUUGUACAACAAGCUGGAAAAUUGUCCUCUUUAUGAAAUGGAGUGAUAAUAAAGAUGAUAUCCUAAAAGGGGGGGAUGUAGUGCGGUUAUUCCAUGCAGAGCAGGAAAAGUUUCUGACUUGUGAUGAACACAGAAAAAAACAGCAUGUCUUUCUAAGAACUACUGGCAGACAAUCAGCUACUUCUGCAACUAGCUCAAAAGCCCUGUGGGAAGUUGAGGUAGUCCAACAUGAUCCUUGCCGAGGUGGUGCAGGGUACUGGAAUAGUCUUUUUCGAUUCAAGCAUCUUGCUACUGGACAUUACCUGGCAGCAGAGGUAAAUCCUGACUAUGUGGAAGAUUACCAGGAGUGUCAGUCAGCAAUGGAUCCUGACCAAGAUGCAGCGAGAAGGGGACCACAUAAUGCUCCAGAGAAAAUGGCAUAUUCUCUGGUUUCUGUUCCAGAAGGGAAUGAUAUAUCUUCCAUCUUUGAACUUGAUCCCACUACUUUGCGAGGAGGAGACAGCCUUGUUCCAAGGAACUCUUAUGUCAGACUUAGACAUCUGUGUACAAAUACCUGGGUUCAUAGCACCAAUAUCCCCAUUGAUAAAGAAGAAGAAAAACCUGUCAUGCUUAAAAUUGGUACCUCUCCAGUGAAGGAGGAUAAGGAAGCUUUUGCUAUAGUACCAGUUUCUCCUGCUGAAGUUCGGGACUUGGAUUUUGCAAACGAUGCAAGCAAAGUAUUGGGUUCCAUUGCUGGCAAACUAGAAAAAGGAACAAUAACCCAGAAUGAAAGGAGAUCUGUUACCAAGUUGCUUGAAGAUCUGGUGUAUUUUGUUACUGGUGGAACUAAUUCUGGACAAGAUGUGCUUGAAGUGAUGUUUGCAAAGCCAAAUCGAGAGCGGCAAAAGCUAAUGAGAGAGCAAAAUAUUCUGAAACAGAUCUUCAAGUUAUUACAAGCACCAUUUACUGACUGUGGAGAUGGACCAAUGUUGAGACUGGAAGAGCUUGGAGAUCAGCGUCAUGCUCCUUUCAGGCACAUAUGCCGCCUUUGUUAUAGAGUCCUGAGACACUCCCAGCAGGACUACAGGAAAAAUCAGGAAUAUAUAGCCAAGCAGUUUGGCUUUAUGCAGAAACAGAUUGGCUAUGAUGUCUUGGCGGAAGACACCAUCACAGCUUUGCUCCAUAACAAUCGCAAGCUGCUGGAGAAGCAUAUCACUGCUGCUGAGAUUGACACCUUUGUUAGUCUUGUAAGAAAAAACAGAGAACCCAGGUUCUUGGAUUACCUCUCAGAUCUUUGUGUUUCCAUGAACAAAUCUAUUCCAGUGACCCAGGAGCUGAUUUGUAAAGCUGUGUUAAACCCUGCCAAUGCAGAUAUACUAAUUGAAACAAAGCUGGUCCUGUCUCGGUUUGAAUUUGAAGAAUUAUCAUCUGGAGAAAACUCAUUGGAGGUUGGUGAGGAUGAGGAAGAAGUCUGGUUAUUCUGGAAAGACAGCAACAAAGAGGUCCGCAGUAAGAGUAUCAGAGAGCUGGCUCAGGAUGCUAAAGAAGGGCAGAAGGAAGACCGGGAUGUACUCAGCUACUACAGGUACCAGCUGAAUCUUUUUGCCAGGAUGUGUCUUGAUCGGCAAUACCUGGCUAUAAAUGAAAUAUCUGGCCAACUUGAUGUAGACCUCAUCCUUCGGUGCAUGUCUGAUGAAAAUCUACCAUACGAUCUGAGGGCUUCUUUUUGCCGACUGAUGCUGCACAUGCAUGUUGACCGUGAUCCCCAAGAACAAGUGACACCUGUGAAAUAUGCCCGGCUGUGGUCUGAAAUACCCUCUGAAAUUGCUAUUGAUGACUAUGAUAGCAGUGGAACUUCUAAAGACGAAAUUAAAGAGAGAUUUGCACAGACCAUGGACUUUGUGGAAGAAUAUUUAAGAGAUGUCGUCUGCCAGAGAUUCCCUUUCUCUGAUAAAGAAAAAAACAAACUCACUUUUGAGGUGGUAAACUUGGCAAGAAACCUAAUUUAUUUUGGCUUCUACAAUUUUUGUGACCUCCUAAGGUUAACAAAAAUCCUCCUGGCUAUUUUGGACUGUGUACAUGUUGCUACUAUCUUUCCUAUAGCCAAAGUGGCAAAAGGAGAAGAAAGUAAAGGCAGCAACGUGAUGAGAUCAAUCCAUGGAGUGGGAGAGCUGAUGACCCAAGUUGUACUUAGAGGUGGUGGUUUUUUGCCAAUAACACCGCUUGCUGCUGCUCCAGAGGGUAAUGUGAAACAAGCUGAACCUGAAAAGGAGGACAUCUUGGUAAUGGACACCAAGCUGAAAAUAAUUGAAAUACUUCAGUUUAUUUUGAAUGUGAGAUUGGAUUACAGAAUCUCCUGCCUUCUUUGUAUAUUCAAGCGUGAGUUUGAUGAAAGCAAUGCCCAGACACCUGACUCUCCUACAGGAAGCAAUAACCAAGAACUGCCCAAUGUACCAGGAGCUCUUGACUUUGAACAUAUUGAAGAACAAGCAGAGGGCAUAUUUGGAGGCAGUGAAGAGAAUACACCACUAGACUUGGAUGAUCAUGGUGGUAGAACUUUCCUUAGAGUGUUGCUGCACUUAACAAUGCAUGAUUAUCCCCCGCUUGUCUCUGGAGCACUUCAGCUCCUCUUCAGGCAUUUUAGUCAGAGACAAGAAGUCCUUCAAGCCUUUAAGCAGGUUCAACUGCUUGUUACCAGCCAAGAUGUUGACAACUACAAGCAGAUAAAACAAGAUUUGGAUCAGCUAAGAUCUAUUGUGGAAAAAUCAGAGCUCUGGGUAUACAAAGGUCAGGGACCUGACGAGACUAUGGAUGUUCCAGCUGGAGAAAAUGAGCAUAAGAAAAAAGAGGAAGGCCACAGCAAAUCUCGGAAACCUGAAAGCACUAGUAGCUAUAAUUACAGGGUUGUAAAAGAGAUUUUGCUUCGACUUAGCAAGCUUUGUGUCCAGGAGAGCAUCGUGGUCAGGAAAAGCCGAAAGCAGCAGCAGAGGUUACUCCGAAACAUGGGAGCUCACACAGUGGUUCUUGAGCUCUUACAAAUCCCAUAUGAGAAAGCUGAGGAUACAAGGAUGCAGGAGAUCAUGAAACUUGCCCAUGAGUUUCUGCAAAACUUCUGUGCCGGUAACCAACAGAAUCAGGCCUUGCUGCACAAACAUAUAAAUCUGUUUCUUAACCCUGGGAUUUUGGAGGCAGUAACAAUGCAACAUAUCUUCAUGAAUAAUUUCCAGCUUUGCAGUGAGAUUAAUGAGCGGGUGGUUCAGCAUUUUGUGCACUGCAUUGAAACCCAUGGAAGGAAUGUCCAGUACAUAAAGUUCCUACAGACAAUUGUCAAGGCUGAAGGAAAGUUCAUUAAAAAGUGUCAAGACAUGGUUAUGGCUGAGCUUGUCAACGCAGGAGAGGAUGUCCUUGUGUUCUACAAUGACAGAGCCUCUUUCCAGACACUUGUGCAGAUGAUGAGAUCUGAGCGGGAUAGGAUGGAUGAGAACAGUUCUCUAAUGUAUCACAUCCAUUUAGUGGAGCUGUUGGCUGUCUGCACUGAGGGCAAAAAUGUCUACACAGAAAUCAAAUGCAAUUCUCUCCUCCCUUUGGAUGAUAUUGUUAGAGUUGUAACCCAUGAAGACUGCAUACCUGAGGUUAAAAUUGCCUAUAUCAACUUCCUAAAUCAUUGCUACGUAGACACAGAAGUUGAAAUGAAAGAGAUUUACACAAGCAAUCACAUGUGGAAGCUCUUUGAAAACUUCCUUGUUGACAUUUGCAGGGCUUGCAACAACACUAGUGACAGGAAGCAUGCAGACUCCAUAUUAGAGAAGUAUGUGACGGAAAUAGUGAUGAGUAUAGUUACAACUUUCUUCAGUUCUCCAUUCUCAGAUCAGAGCACCACUCUGCAGACUCGUCAACCUGUGUUUGUGCAACUUUUGCAAGGGGUAUUCAGAGUAUACCACUGCAACUGGUUAAUGCCCAGCCAGAAAGCAUCGGUGGAAAGCUGCAUCAGAGUACUUUCAGAUGUAGCAAAGAGCAGAGCAAUUGCUAUCCCUGUUGACUUGGACAGUCAAGUCAACAACCUGUUCUUGAAAUCUCAUAACAUAGUCCAAAAAACAGCAAUGAAUUGGAGGAUGACAGCAAGGAAUGCUGCUCGGAGAGACUCUGUAAUGGCUGCUUCCAGAGAUUACCGUAAUAUUAUUGAAAGAUUGCAGGACAUAGUGUCAGCUUUGGAAGACCGUUUGCGUCCCCUUGUCCAGGCUGAAUUAUCUGUACUAGUGGAUGUCCUUCAUCGGCCAGAGCUGCUCUUCCCCGAGAAUACAGAUGCAAGAAGGAAAUGUGAAAGCGGAGGCUUCAUUUGCAAGUUGAUAAAACAUACUAAGCAGCUUCUGGAAGAGAACGAGGAGAAGCUUUGUAUUAAAGUACUGCAGACGCUCAGGGAAAUGAUGACCAAAGACAGAGGCUAUGGAGAGAAGCUGGUUGCACUUGGUGAAUUGGAAAAUGCUGAGCUGGCACAGCCACAGGAAACGGAUUGCUCUGUGCAGGAACUUGAUCAAAGUCAAACACAGAGGCAGCUUGAAGACCGUAAAAGGGGUGAGGCACUCAGACAGGUGUUGGUCAACCGUUACUAUGGCAAUGUCCGAACUGCAGGAAGAAGAGAGAGCCUCACUAGUUUUGGCAAUGGCCCCUUAUCUUCUGGAGGCCCUAGUAAAGCCGGAGGAGGAGGAGGAGGGUCUGGUUCCAGUUCAGCAAGCCGUGGUGAAAUGAGUUUAGCAGAAGUCCAGUGUCAUCUGGACAAAGAAGGGGCAUCCAACUUGGUCAUAGAUCUCAUCAUGAAUGCCACCAGUGACAGAGUUUUUCAUGAGAGCAUUCUUUUAGCCAUUGCUCUCUUGGAAGGUGGUAACACUAUUAUACAGCACUCAUUUUUUUGUCGACUAACAGAAGAUAAAAAAUCGGAAAAAUUCUUCAAAGUGUUUUAUGAUCGCAUGAAAGUAGCCCAGCAAGAAAUCAAGGCUACAGUCACUGUUAACACUAGUGAUUUGGGAAAUAAAAAGAAAGAUGAUGACUCAGACAGGGAUGUACCUGCCAGGAGAAAAGUGUUGAGGGAACCCAUGACCCAAAUUGCAGAGGAAGUGCGGGAUCAGUUGGUUGAAGCGUCUGCUGUUACAAGGAAGGCCUAUAACACUUACAGGAGGGAAGCUGAUCCUGAUGACCAUUAUUCAACUGGGGACGGAGUACAGUCUGCAGCAGACAAGAACAAAGAUGAGUUGGAGAUGAGUCCUGUGAUCACGAUAAUGCAACCCAUUCUACGGUUCUUGCAGCUGCUGUGUGAAAACCACAAUCGGGACCUGCAGAACUUCCUCCGUUGUCAAAACAACAAAACUAACUACAACUUAGUGUGUGAGACUCUGCAGUUCCUGGACUGUAUUUGUGGAAGCACAACUGGAGGGCUUGGACUUCUUGGUCUUUACAUCAAUGAGAAAAAUGUAGCUCUAAUCAACCAGACACUGGAAAGUUUGACAGAAUACUGUCAGGGACCAUGCCAUGAAAACCAGAACUGCAUUGCUACUCAUGAGUCCAAUGGUAUUGAUAUAAUCACGGCAUUAAUUCUCAAUGACAUAAAUCCUCUGGGAAAGAAGAGGAUGGAUCUUGUAUUAGAACUGAAGAACAAUGCCUCUAAGUUACUUUUGGCAAUAAUGGAAAGCAGACAUGAUAGCGAGAAUGCAGAAAGAAUCCUCUAUAACAUGAGACCCAAAGAACUGGUGGAAGUGAUAAAGAAGGCUUAUCUGCAAGGAGAGGUUGAGUUUGAAGAUGGAGAGAAUGGGGAAGAUCUUGCUGCAUCCCCCAGAAAUGUGGGGCAUAAUAUUUACAUAUUAGCCCAUCAGCUGGCUCGUCAUAACAAAGAACUGCAGAACAUGUUGAAGCCUGGAGGUCAAGUAGAAGGAGAUGAAGCUUUGGAAUUCUAUGCCAAACACACAGCUCAGAUUGAGAUUGUUCGAUCAGAUCGUACGAUGGAACAAAUAGUCUUCCCUGUGCCCAGUAUAUGUGAAUUCCUCACCAAGGAAUCGAAACUACGGAUUUACUACACCACAGAAAGGGAUGAGCAAGGCAGUAAAAUAAAUGACUUCUUCCUGAGAUCAGAAGACCUAUUCAAUGAAAUGAAUUGGCAAAAGAAGCUAAGAGCUCAGCCUAUUUUGUACUGGUGCUCACGCAAUAUGUCCUUCUGGAGCAGCAUUUCAUUUAACCUUGCAGUCCUCAUGAAUCUACUUGUAGCAUUUUUUUAUCCAUUUAAAGGAAUCAAAGGAGGUACUCUAGAGCCCCACUUGUCAGGCUUACUGUGGACAGCCAUGCUGAUAUCGUUGGCCAUUGUUAUUGCCUUACCCAAACCCCAUGGCGUUAGAGCUUUAAUUGCUUCCACAAUACUACGGCUAAUAUUCUCAGUAGGUUUACAGCCAACAUUAUUUCUCCUGGGAGCUUUCAAUGUCUGUAAUAAAAUAAUAUUCCUGAUGAGUUUUGUUGGUAACUGUGGAACUUUCACUAGAGGAUACAAAGCCAUGAUCAUGGAUGUUGAAUUCCUUUACCAUCUACUGUAUCUUCUUAUUUGUGCAAUGGGGCUGUUUGUUCAUGAAUUUUUCUACAGUUUGCUGCUUUUUGACUUGGUGUACAGGGAGGAGACUUUGCUUAAUGUCAUUAAAAGUGUCACUCGCAAUGGGCGUUCCAUUAUCUUGACUGCUGUACUUGCUCUUAUCUUGGUAUACCUCUUCUCAAUAGUGGGCUACCUGUUCUUCAAAGAUGACUUCAUCUUGGAAGUAGAUAAAUUACCUAAUGAAACCUUAUUGCCAGAUCAGCACACUGAAACGGGUGAAAAAAUGACCAGGGAGUUUCUAUAUUCUGAUGUGUGUAGAAUAGCAAAUGGGGAAAACUGCUCUUCUGUUGUUCCUUCAGCAGAGUUGAUUUCUGCAGAAGCUGAGGAAGAGGAUAAAGAGCACACAUGUGAGACAUUGCUGAUGUGCAUUGUUACCGUGCUUAGUCAUGGCCUGCGGAGUGGGGGUGGAGUAGGAGACGUGCUCAGGAAACCAUCCAAGGAGGAGCCCCUCUUUGCUGCAAGAGUGAUCUAUGACCUUCUCUUCUUCUUCAUGGUGAUCAUUAUUGUACUCAACCUGAUUUUUGGUGUUAUUAUCGACACCUUUGCUGAUCUCAGAAGUGAGAAACAGAAGAAAGAAGAAAUAUUAAAAACGACUUGCUUCAUUUGUGGUUUGGAAAGGGACAAGUUUGAUAACAAGACAGUCACUUUCGAAGAGCAUAUUAAAGAGGAGCACAACAUGUGGCACUAUUUAUUCUUCAUUGUCUUAGUCAAAGUAAAGGACUCCACUGAAUAUACAGGCCCUGAAAGUUAUGUGGCAGAAAUGAUAAAGGAAAGAAAUCUGGAUUGGUUCCCCCGGAUGCGUGCCAUGUCACUUGUGAGUAGUGAUGCUGAAGGAGAACAGAAUGAACUUAGAAAUUUGCAAGAAAAGCUUGAAUCUACUAUGAAGCUGGUAUCCAAUCUUUCUAGUCAGCUGUCUGAGCUUAAAGAUCAGAUGACAGAACAGAGGAAGCAAAAGCAGCGUAUUGGUCUCCUAGGACAUCCUCCUUCCAUCAAUGUGAACCCACAGCAGCCAGCAUAAAUCGGAUGGGUGGCUAUUCCCCCCCCCCCCCCCCACACACACACACCUUCAUAACAGGAGUGAGAUUCAACCCUUAAAGCUGCUUCUGUGUUAUGUGUAGAUCAUGUAAAUAACCCUGGGUUUUAUACUGUAUGUGUAGGACUACCAUGGGAAAGAAUGGGUUUAUGUAUACUGGCACAUCCAGGGUAGGGGGGGGUACAUUUGUGCCAAAAAAAAAUGCCUUUUAUAGGAAGGAGUAUGGGGCGGAUCUGACUUGCACUUGAAGAAGAUUUAUUGACUAAAAUAGUAUGUGAUCUGUAUUUUGUAUUUAAAAGCUUCAGAUAACUAAUAUUUAUGGGUUUUAUACAGUUGUGCAAUAUGAAUUAUGCAAUCACACUAUAUGUGUUACAUACUCCUGCGUGUCCUGAAGGGAGUGCACAUCUUUGGAGUCUGGUGUUGUCUUAUAAAUGGCAUCAGAUGACAGCCAAGCAAGGCUGCUGCCAAACUAUGGUCUGAGGAAGGAUUCGUUCACCAGAGCAUUUUUGUAACACAGAGAAUUCCAAGAGGUUGACACAUCUUGUGGGUAGUAGCAAUCGUGCCUCUUCUGUCUGCCACCGCCAUCCUCCAAAUUAUAUUUCUUUAAAAAUAAAAAAAAGUUUCCUAAAUAUUCUACUUGAGGAUAUUUCUCAUUGUUUUGAGUUGGCUUCGUCAGCAGUUCCGUUUAGAUCCGAGAGAGGCUGUGGAAGAAAUUCACACAUUCCUUUCAUGAAGAAAUCAGAGUUCUUGUAAGGAACUUUUCCUCUUUGUGCGGAAGAACAGUUGGGAUCAUUCUGUGCUGCUGGCAGAUCUUCUGCAGGGGUUUUGUGCCAUAUUGGUUUCUAAGAACUUAGAAGAGCUUGCAGGCUCUACCAAUUCAGACCAUAGCUAUACUAUUGUGUGUUUGGUUUUCUGUUGUGUUUGGUUUUUUACAGAAGAGUAUCCCCCUCAGCCAUUCACUGCACCUACUGAAGUAAACUAUCCCUUUUAGGACUCCUAGCUGAGCACUGAUUUUGUAAUACUUGCAAAAGAGCCACUGGGUUUGGAUCAUGUUUCAUUUUUCUUCCAUCUUGAUCACUUUUCUUUCAUUUUGUUGUCCCUGACAGCUAAAAAUUUGAAAUGAAUUUUUUAUAUACAUAUAUGUACAAAUAUAUAUAGAUAUAUAUAUAUCUGGCGCCUAGUUUUGUACAUGGUCCUCAUUUUACAGAAGCAAAUGAAAAGAGUGCUUAUUAAAGUUUGUAAAUGCAUAAAUACAUAGCUAUUUAAAUAAAUGAUGAUGUAAUAAUGUA